CUUCUAAAUAACUUCACUUCCUCUUCAUCUCUUCCUUUUGUAAAAUUGAAUUUAACCACCAAUAUAUUGUACUAUAGCUUGCCUAGUACAGAUUAUAUAAAAGCCCUCAAUCCCUCAUUGCCUGACAACAUAAUCAGCUGCAUCUGCAAAACAAACAGUUGCAGAAACACUAUUCGCAGUCGUACUCACAACCCACGUACUUAUCCUCGAUACAGAACAUCACACGCUCCUACUCUCCGACAGAUCGCGGCACCUCAUAACGCCAACCAUGUCAGAAGAGGACAAGACGGCCGACGAGGUCCUCCUCAACUUCAAGGUCAAGACCUCCAGCGACGGCCUCCACAACAUCACCAUCCCCGAGACCGCCACCGUCCUCGAUCUCAAGACCAAGCUCGCCAGCGAAGAGUACGAGAACGUCCCGGCUGAGCGCCAACGCCUCAUCUACUCGGGCCGCGUCCUCAAGAACGAAGAGCACCUCGCCACAUACAAGAUCAAGAAUGGCAACACCAUACACAUGGUCAAGAGCGCCGCCAGCAAUGCCGUACAGAACCCAGCAAAUGCAGGUGCUACCGCCACCCCAGCAAGCGGCGUCCCAACCAACAUGGCAGCAGGUACAGCAAACAACGCUCUGGCAAACCUGACGGGUGCCCGCUAUGCCGGCCAAGUCAACCUUCCCAGCCGCGACAUGUUCGGUGUAGACGGUGGUAUGGGUGCCCCACCAAACGAAGACCAAGUAGCCGACAUGCUCUCCGACCCCGCCACCGCGCAAAUCAUGAACGAAGCCCUCAACAACCCCCAAAUGGUCGACAUGAUGAUCCAAGCCAACCCCACCCUUCGCGCCCUCGGCCCCGCCGCCCGCGAAAUGCUCCAGUCCCCCAUGUUCCGCCAGAUGAUGACGGACCCAAACAUGAUCCGCCAGGCUGCACGCAUGCAGCGCCAGAUGGGCGGUGGUGGGGGAGCUUCCGCAUUCCCCGCUCCGGGCGUGACGGAUACUACGCCUGCUGAUGCUGCGGGUGCGCAGGCACAAGGCCAGAGACAAGCUGGGUCGCAGGAUCCGGCUGCUGUGUUCCCCGGCCUGUUUGGUGCAGGUGGGGGAGCUGGCGCGGGAAACCCGUUCGCGAGUCUCUUCCAGCCACAAGGUCAAGGACAGCGCCAAGGUCAAGGCCAAGGCGCACAAUCACCACCCGCUGUCUCGUCUCCAGGAUCGCAGCAACCCGGCCAGCCCGGCGCAGAGGGCAUGCCACCCAACCCGUUUGCGAACCUUUUCUCCGGCGGCGCAGGCGGAAACACCAAUCCGUUCGCGUACGGACUGCCGCCGCCAACACCGGAGCAGAUGAGACAGGCGAUGCAGAUGCUUGGGCAGAUGGGUGGUGGUGAGGGAGGUGGGAACCCGUUCGCUGGUGCUGGUGCGGGGGGAUUUGGGAGUCCGGGAGCAGGAACGACGUCGCCACCACCGGCGGAUACGAGGCCGCCUGAGGAGAUAUAUGCGGAUCAGUUGAGGGCGCUGAAUGAUAUGGGGUUCUUUGAUUUUGAGGCGAAUGUUAGGGCGUUGAGGAGGAGUGGGGGGAGUGUGCAGGGGGCUGUGGAGCAGUUGCUUGGAUGAGCGGGGGGUCGGUAUAGGAUGAGUCGAUCGGGACGGAUGUGAGGGGAGGUAUGGAGGGAGCGAGGGACUUUGAUGAAGAUGAUGGUAUGCCUGGGUUGGCCGGAGGAAUAAGCUUUUAUGAGCUAUGUAGCUUUGUGGCUAGAUUCGAAUGACUAAAUGCUUUAUGAGACCUUAAUAGAUGUUUUAUCACGUCUGUUGUUGGAAAAUUCGCACGUAAUUUGAGCAGACCGCAGAUCAGACACAACUUG